AUGAAUCUGAGACUAGUUGUUACGGUGUCACUCAUUUUGAAUCUUGUGCUCACUAUUUAUUUUCUUUAUAAUAAUUCAACCACAUGGAAUCCGACUUGGACCAGUCGAGCGGCUUCAGAAGCAGAAACCGCAGCAUCUGUGUCAUGCUCAGGCCACGGACGAGCUUUCAUGGACGGUCUUGGUGUUCUUGAUGGUUAUAAACCUCCUUGUGAGUGUAACAAUUGCUACACAGGCAAAGAUUGCUCCAUUCUUCUCGUGGAUUGUCAUGUCAAUGCUAACUCAGGAGACCCUUUGUUUUUGGAGCCUUUCUGGAUGCGACAAGCCGAGAGCAGCGCGGUUUUGGUCUCAGGAUGGAACAGAAUGAGUUAUUUUUAUCAAGAUGGGACAUUUGUGUCGGAAGAGCUUGAGAAGGUCAUUAGAAAGCUGCAUAGUGUAGUGGGAAAUGCAGUUACUGAUGAUAGAUUUGUAAUCUUUGGAGGUGGAACCACACAACUGCUUGCAGCAGCUGUUCAUGCCUUGUCUUCUUCCACAAACUCAUCACCUGCAAGGCUUUUGACCUCUGUUCCAUACUACUCGAUGUACAAGGAGCAAGCGGAGUUCUUUGAUUCAGCACAUCUCAAGUUCGAAGGAGAUGCGUCUGAGUGGAAGAAGAGCGAGCCAAAUGACAAUAUCACACAAGUUAUAGAGGUAGUGACAUCUCCGAAUAAUCCAGACGGGAAGCUGAAAGGAGCGGUUCUUGAUGGUCCCAAUGUCAAAACAAUUCAUGAUUACGCGUAUUACUGGCCUUAUUUCUCACCUAUUACAAAACCAGUUGAUGAAGAAUUGAGCCUGUUUAGUCUCUCCAAGACUACAGGUCAUGCUGGCUCAAGAUUCGGAUGGGCAUUAGUAAAGGACAAAGAUGUUUUUGAAAGAAUGAAAACAUAUAUUAGAUUAAGUAGUAUGGGAGUUUCAAGAGACACACAGCUUCAUGCUCUUCAGUUGCUUAAAGUAGUGGUUGGCGAUGAAGGCGAAUCAAUAUUCCAUUUUGGCUACCAAACUUUGAAGAAGAGAUGGGAGACACUGAACCAGAUCAUGUCCAUGUCAACGCGUUUCUCCUUCCAAACAAUCGAACCUGAGUACUGUAACUAUUUCAAGAAAGUCAGAGACUUUACUCCUUCUUAUGCAUGGGUGAAAUGUGAGAGAUUAGAAGACACAAACUGCUAUGAGGUUUUCAGAGCGGCCAAGAUAACAGGACGCGAGGGCAAAGUGUUUGGAUCAGAGGAAAGGUUUGUGAGAUUGAGUCUCAUCAGAUCACAAGAUGAAUUUGAUCAGCUUAUUCAUAUGUUGAACAAGUUAGUCUCCGAGGAAGCUUUAGGAAAUGAUUCCAUAUGA